AUGAGUGUUAACAUGAACGAGGAAGAAUCUGUUGACUAUUAUGAAAAUUUAGCUCGUAAAAAAGGAUUACGUGUUCAAGCAUAUAUUACUCAAGGAAUCAAAGUAAUUGAUGAUUAUGACCUUUCGAAUUACAAUGGAACAGAAUAUGCAAAUAAGCAUGAUGAUAAAUCUAUUCGAGUUGGAAUUGGAAUUAAACUUUGUUUGAAAACUUUUAAACUACACAAUGAAUUAAAAGCCAUAAUACCUGAAUUUAUCAAAAAAUAUGAUAUUGGUCGUAAAAAUGAUAAUGAAAAAUACGAUAUCAUUUUAUUCCAAUUCAGUAAUUUCUUAUUUUAUUAUUUGAAAAAUAUUUUUGAGCAUUCUAUUAAAAAGAGGAUUAGUAGCGGAUUUGAUAUAGGUUUUGAUCACACUAAGGCUGAUGAAGCGACUAAUAUAAAAUGGAUUGGAUAUGCAUGUCGAGAUAAACAUCCCAAGGACAUCAACCAUAGCAGAAAAAGACCAGUUCCGAUUGAUAAUGAUGGAAUUUAUUCAAUUACUAAUAAUUAUGCGUUUAAAUUUGAUAAAAAUAUUGCAGAAAAGAAGAUUCUGUUAGUUACUGAUGCAAGUUAUCCUUUUAUCAGUGAAUUUGGUGGAUUUAAAAUUAAUGUUUUGUUUUAUGAUUUCAAAAAUCCUUUUGAUUUCUUUUUAAAUGAUGUUAUGGAUGAAUUAGUUAGUAGUGAACAGUUUUAA